CAGUCCACCCCUAGCCCUAGUCCUUGCCAGAGUCAGUCAGUCAGGGCGAGUCGUCUAGUUGUGUUGUACCUCGCCGUGUGUGUCCUCCUGUUCAGCUGACCUCAGCCCUGCCAUCGCGACGUGCCCAGUGUUCAGUGUCGUGGAUGUGCUUCGGAUUGCAAACUUCAUCCAUGACUGCCAUGCGCAAGCGGGGGUUGUGAUGGUUGUGAUGUGAUUAGUGAUUGCGCGCCGCCGGCGCAUCAGGUGUUUGUGAGUGAGCCCUUCUCCUUCCUCGCCGCAGCCUCUGCCGUUUUCAGGGCGAUUGCCCGCCAACCCCGAAAAGCGCCAGUUGACCGCUCUCCAUGUCAACAACAACUCCGUUGGCGCGACAGGUCCAGACAGCCGAUGCAGCCCAGGAAUUUGUUCGCGGGCCGCACCCACGACCCUCCUGGCCCCGGCCCGCCCUCCGGCUACGACCAGGGCGGCUACAAUCAGCAGCAGCAGCAUGACCCUUCCUGGCCGAGCCCGGCCCGGCCCCAGAGCGCCGAGUACUACGGAAGCUACGGCGACUACUACCAUACGCCCGGCUACCAGCCGCAGUACUACGGCCACGUGAGCUGCACGCCGCAGAGCCCGUACCCAUACCAGGACUCUGGUUACGGCUACUGGAACGGCGACCAGGGCUAUGGCGGCGCUACGCCCGCGCACUCCGAGAAGAGCGGCUCGUAUGGCAGCACCCCGGGGCAGGACUACAACGGCCACUAUGGCUACGACUACUCGUUGUAUGUUGCCGGUUCGGAGGCAUCCUGGCAGUACCGCACGCCCCAGACGGGCGAUUGGCGGGAGCCCCUGAAGGAGGUGCCCUCCAACUUGUCGAGGACGGGCGUCCAGCAGUACGGGGACCCAUCGGCGUGGAGCACGCACGGCACUCAGCCGCGGCCGCCGCUGUACGCCCGGGCGCCCCAGCCGCCGCCGCCGCCGCCAGAGACGCGGCCGCCGCGGUACGCUCCCGCGCCGCAGCCGUGCCCGCCGCCGAUGUGCCCGCCGCCGUACUCGCCGCCCCGCCUGGCGCCGCGCGCCCAGCCCAUCCGGGCCCGGACGGACUCCUCUCUGCCCCCGGUGCAGCCCUGGCCGCUGCCCCCCAGAGACGUCCACCCGGCCGACAGGGCGGCAGACAGGGCGACCCGCGCCCCCGAGGCGACUCCGGCAAACAGGUGAGGGUAAAUCGCAAAUUG